UUGGACUCGCGCGAUAUCUCGUUAUAGGUGUCAUAGGAGGGGCGGACAUUAUUAAUUUAUUAUAUAAGGUAAAUUAAAUAUGUUUCGAGUAUUAAUACACUUGGUAUCCAUAACAACAGUUUUAUCGGUCCACGGGAAGGACCCAUCAAUAUGUAGCGGAGAUCCUGUAUCUUCAGUUACCAACAGACCCCGCCCGAAUGUGACAAACGCUUUCUCUGCACACAUUCAGUGUAUUAUUAUGAAUAAGAACGAGACCACUGAUAUUCACGAGUGGUUUGAUGACAGCCAGAACACCGGGAGGGUAAGGCAACUGGCCCAGGGGAUAGAGCUGGACGCCUGGUACAGCUAUAAUACUAACGAAUUCAUCGCAUACGUACCCGGAGGAGGCUGUGUGGUGCAACCGCUGAGCACAUCCAAUCAGCGCUUCCUCCUGGGUUACACUGCCAGUAAUGGCGGGAAAAUCUUUUCGGCGGCUCAGUCCCUCCAUAUGUCUGGUCAGGGGAUUAACGAGAUUUACAUGGGACUAAGUAGCGUGAGGGGGAUAGCGGUAGACGUGUGGCAGAGCUGUCAAUAUUGGCAGAGCAUGGACGCCACGAUGAAAGUAUUUUGGUAUUUUUCUGCGGCCAAUCCAGAGUGGGACACCGCCGUCGGCGUGACAGUGCCGAUUGCCGCACGUGUCACUGGCAUUAUCUAUGACCCGGGCGCGACGACCGGUAGAAAGUUCGACCAUUGGUAUGAAAUGUUCCAUUACAGACAAACAGUGAAAGACCCUAAAGUAUUUGAGACACCAGCUGGGGUUCAAUGCCCAGGACGGAAGAAUACUAAAAACCUACCCACAAUGCCCCCUGCCUUCAGCUUUAUGUCAGAAUACGUCGACAAGACAAGGAAAAUUGUGUCUUUCAUGAAGGAGUACUAUUCUUUUACUGAGAAGAUGGUGAUGUACUAUUCCCGUCCACUGCCCUCCGACAUGAGUCCUUAUGGUGUCAACGAUCUGCGAGAAAUCCAUGACUUCAACACAGGUGUGGCUUACAUCAUUGACACGAUGUACGGUAACUGCACCGUGCAGCCUAUCAAACAGACGUUCGACACGCGGUUUGUGGACAAAAACCACCUCAGAAUCAGGAAUGCCCAGGAGUUCUUCUACUUUGACGUCAUCCAGUACACGUAUGAAGGCGUGAAAACGGUCCGUAACAUCGAUUGUGACAGCUGGGUUGGGGUGAGGGCGAACUGGCCGUCACCCGGGGUCAACUCCACAUGGCAGUGGUACUUUGCAUCCAAUCAGUGGGCCGAGGUUAACACAGGCGCUGCACAGGGUGGUACCCCCAUACAACUGGUAAUAGAUGCCCCCUCGGUGGCCUAUCACAAUGAGUAUAACAUCUUUAACUUUGACGUACACACACCGGACGUUCUGAAGUUUGACAUCAGUCAGUGUUACGUUAAUAGAAACAGAAGGAAAUUCCAGCUCACUUUUUCAGGUGAUUACAAAUCAGCAGUUGAUGGAAACUUGGAAACAUUCAAGUAUAACAUUCUCAAAAGCCUUGUCUCCACUCUUAGUGUAUCUGCCAUCAGGAUAGCUAACCUAAAUGUAUAUUAUAGUCCCACAGACAUAAUAGUUUCCUUUGAAAUAUUGGACGUCGCUCCAGUCGUGGGCGAUGUUCAGAGCAUCGUCAAAGAGACGCCACUAAGUGUCGCUGCGAAUACUCUACAGACAAAGGUCCAAAACGCCCAGUUCGCCAUCGCUCUAGAUAAAACGGCCUUCCCAAAUAUACCUGCCAUGGUGCCCAUUAAACAGUCUUUCACAGAAACAACUUAUCUAAAUAACAAAGGACAAACAGCAGCAGCCAAGACAGGAUACAGUCCAGGUGCCAUGGCUGCUGUAGGCAUCACAUUACCAAUAGUAGGCGGAGCCUUAGGAGGAGUGUUUGCUUAUUUCUUCUUCAAAUAAACAUCCAACAGAUAUCCUUAAGCAAGGUUUCUGAGUUACAUAAGCUGAGCUGAGAAAAGGAACAGAGGAUGUACGAGACACCAUCAGAAAAAAAUAAACCUCCAGUCUCUUGGUGAAACUGACUCAUAAUUUAUACAAAUCUCUUUUUUUUCUUUGUAUUUUACAUGUACUUGUAUUAAUAUGUGUACAAUAUUGAAU